CUCUCUCUCUCUCUCUCUCUCUCUCUCUCUCUCUCACAGAGAUCCACCUUCCCUUUUCACAUUACUGCUGAAAACCCAGGUUCUGAUACCAAAACACAUCAACCAUCGAGGUUAUAUACCUGUUGUCCCGUCGAGUCUCGUCCUUGUCCUCUCCUGAUUCAUUCUCCGAUCUUUCUGGGAUCUUCUGCAUCACCAUGGAGGUAGAAGAGGCUAAUGUUGUGGAAGCUAAGGAUGGGACUAUUUCCGUAGCUUCUGCAUUUGCUGGUCAUCAACAAGCUGUGCAGGAUAGAGAUCACAAGUUCUUAACGAAAGCAGUUGAGGAAGCGUACAAGGGGGUAGAUUGUGGGGAUGGAGGCCCUUUCGGUGCUGUUGUUGUUUGGAAUGAUGAAGUUGUUGUAAGUUGUCACAACAUGGUUCUAAAGAACACAGAUCCAACUGCUCAUGCAGAAGUGACUGCCAUAAGAGAGGCAUGCAAAAAGCUAGGCAGGAUUGAGCUUUCGGACUGCGAAGUAUACGCAUCUUGUGAGCCUUGUCCCAUGUGCUUCGGCGCCAUCCACCUUUCAAGAGCCAAGAGGUUGGUCUAUGGAGCUAAGGCUGAGGCGGCUAUUGCUAUUGGCUUCGACGAUUUUAUCGCCGACGCUCUGAGGGGAACUGGCUUCUACCAGAAAGCUCAGUUGGAGAUCAAGAGAGCUGAUGGGAAAGGGGCCAAAAUCGCAGAGCAGGUCUUCGAGAAGACAAAGGAGAAGUUCCGGAUGUAUUGAUUCUUCAAUUUCUCCUCUUCAUUCGGCUGAUACAAUUUUAUCUAGAUGUGAUGAAGAACGCACCUAUUCCUGGUUCCUUCUGGUCGUCAACUCAAUAAGAACGUCCCAUUUCUAGUUGAAACUCCAUGUGUGCUUCCCAAUAUUAUCUUCUUUUCCAAGGAAUCAAAGCAGAAGACCAAAUUCAGUCUUCGGGUGGCGACUCGAUGAUGUUUACUCCUAUUCCGGCUCAAGGGAUCGCUGGUCGAAAUUUCAUUAGCCGACGUAAUUUUGCUACAUAGAUCCACACGAACCUGUCGAUUAGCAAUACUCGUAAACCGUUUACAUCCUAAUUAACAUGAUUGUAGAUUACUGAUUGGAGAACGAGAACAUGGAAUUUUCAUUCCAUUGUGAGAAUAAGGGAUAAUUGUCUAAAAAGUCAUUAAUCUAUUGUACGGCCGUCAAUUCUGUUUUAAACUUUAGUCCUAAAUAUUUUGA